AUGUCAGCUCCAGUCGAGGUCUGUGGAAGUGAUGUUGUUCGACUUAUGGCCGAUCUGAAGGAUUGGCAGAAGCUUGUUGUUCAAUUUGAAUGUGUACUUACUUGGGAAAAACCAUUGGUCCUGUUAUACAUUAUUCUUGUUGUCACCUUAUUUUACGCCCUCCUUUGGACUUUCGAACCGCCUUUUCUUGUGUCACUUGGCUGUCUUUCACUCUGCUUUAGUCUUUGGUGCUAUUUCGGCCCGAAAUUGGCAUUGAGAUUUCUUCCUUCAGUACCGCUGGCUGAGCAUAAUCAACGAUAUCGGGCUUUUUGUCGAAGGAUUCUAAAUGGACGCCAACUGUUUAUUUCGAUUUUUCAGCACCUGUCAGAAUUGAGGCAACGCAGGCCCUAUGUUUAUACUAUUGUUUGUUUGUGUGGCAUCGUAAAUCUGGAAGUUUUGACUUAUGAUUACGAUGGAAUUCUUAUCGCAUAUGUCCUCACUAUCGUUGGUCUACUUAUUCCCGGAAUUCGACACACUGGAGUUCUCAGAAUAAUAUAUCUGUUAGUAAGGAAGUCUCUUCGAUUUGUUUGGCGGAUCAUUUCUCGAGUAAUAUGCUUUCUCUACUCCCUAUUACCCUUGAAUCGGCGGAAAACUGACAACAAAGACAUGAGUGAUGUGGCUGUGAGCAACUAG